AGACAAGUCAAGUUUUGAAGGGGUCAAGACCGACCGACCGACCAGCCGGCCAUCUAUCUAUGUCGGUCGAAAGGCUCAAUCAAUCAGUGAGCGCAUUGACUGAUUGCUAUACAGUCCAAGCAUGUCGGUCACGUCACGCACACAGACGGACAGACGCAGCGUUGCUGCUCACAGCCAACACCAUCCCAGUACCACUAGCUUGUUAGUACAAAUCAGAUCACCCACCCAAGCCAUCCCUCGAUCCCUCAUUGUGACGGUUCGAAGGACUUCAUGCUCUCGACGUUGAAAAUGUAGUCGCUGUAGUGCGUCUUGGCGAACCAUGCCAUGUCCCGCUCCUGAAUGAUGUUCAUGAUGCGCUUCUUGUCCUUCUCGCGCUUCUUCUCCUGGUUGGGGAUCCGCUCAGCCUUGCGCUUCAACUCGUCCAUCACGCCGCACUCACGCAGCUCGUACAUGUACAGCUGCGUCCACCGGUCCACACUAUAGCAAACAGCAAACAGACACACAGACACACAGAUGUGAGUCACUUCAUAUAUAUAUAUAUCUCUCUCUGCGUCCCUGUGUGUGCCGCGCCGCCCAGUGCUGUGCAGCUAUGUGUGUGUGGCUGUGCUUACUCGACUUGUCCACUUUGGAACUCUGCGUCGAGUUCGGCGAGCGCCUGGUCGAAGUCCCAGUCGUCGGCAUCCUCAUCGCAGUCCAAAAAACUGACCUCCACGAUGUUGAGCGGCGACGGUCCCCGUGCUGGCGCCCUUGACGCACCUGCAACCCCCCGCCCACACAUCCACCACACCCACAGGCAACACAGGCAUAAGUUGAUCUGGCCUGGUGCAAAUCUCUGCGUGUCGUCUGUGCGUACCUGGUGGGUAUUUCCUGAGUCUAGAGAGCAUGGUGGGUUGGGGGGCGACCAGCUGGAAGGCGCUGGAUGAGCACAGCAGGCCCAGCACAGAUGCGGCGCGGAGGGAGAGGGAGAUCAACAUGUUCGUCGGCUGGAUCUUCGACGCACUCCACUUCACAGACCACUGAGGGCUCUCUGUGCGUCCAAGGACGCUUCUUCGCGCGGCG